AUUCGGACAAACGAUCAUCUUGCCAGCCACCCCUCCUCUCUCUCUCUCAGAAACAAACACAGAUUCAUUUCGAUUUGCCCUCGUCAAUGAAAGAGCAAUAAACAUCUCAACAAAAGAUUUUUCAAACGCAGAAAUCUUCCAUCUACGACAAGGAUUAUAACUCAAAUCUUUAGUAUAAAGUUGGUGUGCAUGUGGGCUCUGCAAUGGCGAUCGCCGCCGCGGUGUUUCUCCCUUUAGGAAUCCUCUUCCUUUUAUCGGGCUUCAUUGUUAACCUCAUUCAGGCUGUUCUCUUUGUCCUUAUUCGUCCAGUGUCGAAAAGUGCUUACAGAAGGAUCAACAAAGAAAUAAUCGAACUACUAUGGUUGGAGCUUAUCUGGCUUUUCGACUGGUGGGCAAACAUCAAGGUUGAGCUAUUUGUAGAUCAAGAAACUUUUGACCUCCUAGGUAAAGAACGUGCACUUCUCAUUUGUAACCACAGAAGUGAUAUUGAUUGGCUUGUCGGAUGGGUCUUAGCUCAGCGUGCAGGUUGCCUUGGCAGUUCACUAGCAAUGAUAAAGAAAUCUUCAUUAUUCCUUCCUGUUAUAGGUUGGUCAAUGUGGUUUUCUGAUUAUAUAUUUCUCGAGAGGAGUUGGGCAAAAGAUGAAAACACCCUGAAGUCAGGAUUAGUAGCGCUAAAUGAUUAUCCUUUACCAUUUUGGUUGGCUCUUUUUGUUGAAGGAACUCGAUUUACCCAGGCAAAGCUUGAAGCAGCUCAAGAGUAUGCUGCUUCAGCUGGCUUACCUGUUCCACGGAACGUUCUGAUUCCUCGUACUAAGGGUUUUGUUGCAGCAGUAACUCAUCUGCGAUCAUUUGUUCCUGUAAUCUAUAAUAUUACAGUUGCUAUCCCCAAGAAUGAACCCCGACCUACAUUACUGAAAAUUUUCAGGGGGCGAUCUUCUGCGGUACAUGUGCAUAUUGAGCGGCAUAUAAUGCGAGAUUUACCUGAAACGAGUAGCGGGAUUUCACAGUGGUGCAAAGAUAUGUUUGUGGCAAAGGACGCGUUAUUGGAGAGGCAUCUCGCAACAAACACAUUUGGAGAUGAAAUACGCCACGACAUUGGCAGACCAAAGAAAUCUCUUUUGGUUGUCCUUACCUGGUCUUCUAUCCUAAUCUUGGCUAUCAUAAAAGUUCUCGAAUGUUUCCCAUUCUCGUGGGGAGAAAUCGUCUUCUGUGUAGUUUUCUUGGCUCUAGUUACGACCCUCAUGCAAAUACUCAUUGUAUUUUCUCAGUCGGAACAUUCUACUCCUCCGAAGGUAUCAAAACCAGAUCACUUGAGGCAAGUGCUGCUUCAAAGCUGAGUCAAUGUAAAGAACAUUGUACUUGUAUAUCUACUUAUUGUUCUUAAGGCAAGGGAAGACGUUCUUUGUUGGAUCCUCUGCUAAUUCAACAGUUUUGAAUGGAGAAGACAGCAAAUUUGCUGCACCAGACUGUAAUAUGGUAUGGGACCUUUCUCUGCCUUGUGCAUCCUUUUUUCGCUUUUUUGUAGUUAGUUUUCUCUCUUUUUUGCCCCUUGGUUUUGCUAUCAUGUAAGUUAUUGUAAUCUAUGUACUUAGUAAUAUGUGACGUAGCAAAUUUUCCAUCACAUUUGAUAUGAUCACAUAGUGGUGUUAAAUGCAUCCAAAAUAGUCUGUGCCAGUUUGCGUCUCUUUGGCUUUGUUGGACUUUUUACAUUAUCUUAAAUUACGUCAACAUUUGCUAGAAUAGAGUCUGAUUAUACAAACCUCUUAUGUUCUUUACGAAAAUAAAAGUACAUCCUUUCAGGGAUUGUCAGUGUAAUUUACACUAGAGGGUGUAA